AUGGGCAAGUUCACUAGGCAGCACAUGAAACAUGGUUAUGGGAUAACGAACGGAUUUGUGUCCGUGCGCGUGUUACCAUGCACCAAACUUGGCAAGGGUGCCUCAUGUGGUCAGUCACUUGUCAGAAUCAAUAGGUCAAUUGGACUCUUGCAUGGUUUGAGAGAGUCAUUGUGCGUGCAUGUUUGGCCCAAAAAUGGGCUGCAUAUCAUUGGCUUAGAGAUAGGCCGCGGCAUUUGGUCUAAGUUUUCCUCCGCUAAAGCGGGCCUGGUCUCGAUCGAGUUUACGGGCAAUGAAGUCGAGCCCUACGAAUCCACCAUCAAUAGGUCUAGAGAGAUCAGCUAA